GAAAUGCCUGGUGAAACGUCGCAGUCCAUCUGCCUUGGGUCGCAAUCCCGUAACAUACGUGUGCGAAACUUCAGUUCGUAAGACGACGUGAGGUUAUUGGCUAGUCGCGUAAACAAUGUCAAAAGGCGUUUGCAAAUAGCGCGUUGUAUGUUCAACGCCUCAGUGUAACAAACGCGUCGCGAAAAUAAGGACAGGGCAAAAUUGAAGUGUUAAAAAGACAAACAUGUAUUUGGGAAUCAAGUGAAAAAAAAUUGAUUCGAAGAAGAAAUUGAUCUGCACCAUUUUUUCCCUCCCCAACUGCAUUAUCGUCGUUCGUCACCGUUCAUCGGUCAGUCGGAUGAGGGAAAAAUAAUCUGAAUAAGAGAAGAGGCGAUAAAGACGAAAGGAAUCUGGGUGGGAAGAAUCGGCGAUAGAGAAGACGAAUAAUUCGCGUCUACAAUGUCGUAUUCCGUGGCCGUAUAUUUCACGGAAAUAAAUUGCAGACUGACAAACAGGUGAAGAAGAUGGAAGAUGACGCGGAUCUGCGGGAACAGUUAUUCCACAAUACAGUACGGGAGAAUAUCAUAUUUCUACUGCUCUUUCUGUUGCUGUACAUUUCGAGCUACGCACUGAUAGCAAGAUUCAGAAGGAAAGAUAGAGAGGAUUAUAUUGUAGUGGACGAAGAUGAGGCGACGGUUUACAGAAUUAGUCUGUGGCUCUGUACCGCUGCACUUGCAGUUUCGGUUGGAGCGACGCUACUAUUACCGGUCUCCAUUGCUAGCAACGAAGUUCUCAUACUUUACCCCAACAGUUACUACGUCAAGUGGCUCAACAGCUCCUUGAUACAAGGACUUUGGAACCAUGUGUUUCUGUUUUCAAACUUAUCCUUGUUCGUCUUCUUACCAUUCGCCUACCUCUUUACAGAAUCUGAGGGAUUCGUUGGUCAUAGAAAGGGUGUUAUGGCUAGGGUUUAUGAAACAGUGACUGUAUUGUGCCUACUUGGAGCCCUAGUUCUUGGAAUGACUUACAUCUUGUCCGCUCUCAUCGAUCACCACAAGUCAAGUCUUCACACAUUGCUCAAUUUAUGGAGUUAUUACUUGCCGUUUUUAUACUCCUGCGUGUCUUUUGUCGGAGUCGUUAUGCUGUUACUGUGCACUCCGGUAGGAUUUGUCCAAUUGUUUGGAGUUGUUGGCUCGUUUCUUGUUAAACCUCAAUUCCUAAAGAAUUUGGAUGAAGAAUUUUUUGCCUACAAAUUAGAAGAAGAUUGUAUUAAAAGAAGACUGCAACAUGCUACAGCGACGGGUAAAUCUUACGUAUCACCAAUGCCCAUGUCUCCGGCAACGUGCGGAAACAUUGUGGAAGACGAAGAAGAAUUACCGAGUGCAAAUCCUGGUCUAAUGUGUCUUAAAAAUGGAGCGUUACAGCGCGGUUUAACUCAAAGACUAGAGUAUAUACAACAGAGAAGAAAGCUGCUGGACGAACAGAGGCGUACUUGGUGGGUGCGCAGAACUUUGUUGUACCCUUUAGCCAUGCUUGCCUUGUUGGUACUUUCGACAACGACGGCUCUUCUUGCCGUGCAAAAUACCAUCGAGUUACUUAUCGGCAUUAAGGCCUUGCCUCUGAGCACAAGACAAUUUACAUUAGGCAUCAGCUCUCUGUCUAAAUUGGGGCCGAUUGGCGCGACAGUUGAAGUUGCGGUGAUUCUAUACUUGGCUGCGACAAGCGCUAUAGGUCUUUAUUCCCUACCCGGAGUUCGCAGAGUUCGACCCCACUUUCAUACCACUCCUUUGACACACAUCAUUGCGAAUUGCGCACUGUUGCUUGUACUCAGCUCUGCCCUUCCGCUAUUGUCGAGAAUACUAGGAAUGACAAACUUCGAUUUACUCGGAGACUUUGGGCGGAUCGAGUGGCUUGGCAAUUUCAAAUUGGUCUUAUUCUACAACUUGAUAUUUACGAUUGCCACGUUUGCCUGCCUUGCUACUAAAUUCACUGCUACUGUACGAAAGGAAAUAUAUGCAAGAUUACGGAGCAGUCUGAUGGGAAUAUUCAAACGCGAUGGAAGAAAAGGAGUUUUGAGCAUGUUUUCUAAUAAGGAGGACUAGACUGAUUUUAACUUAUAAGAAAUCGAGGUGUUAGUCAUUUCUGAAUAGUAAAUAACACAGGAAUCCAUGUAUUCCCUUUACAACGCCAGUUUCAUAUUCAAAUAUUAUUUUGUCUCCUGUUUACGUUCCGUUUUACUUCAUCGAUCAUAACAAAUUACGCGAGAAAUGAGAAGUAAUAUAACUGUUUCAAUAUUUUAUCGACUUGAAAUUGCCAAUAAUGUUAUACAGGAAAUAUUUUGAAGUUUCAGUUGAUACAUUGGUACUCGUAUUUAAUCAUUUCUGUCUGACAACACUUCGGGCAUUCGCAUAGUUAGUAUUUAAACCCAACGAGUGUUUUGUAUUUGAGAAAAAAAAUAUUUUCUACAUGGUAAAAAAAUUAGGCGUUCGAGUAUUGAAUCCAGGGUCCAGAAGGGAGAGACGAAAAAAUUAGAUUUCAUACGAAUCGUCGGGAAAAUCAAUCAAAUAUAGAAGAAAAAAAUUUCGAUUCACAUUUUUUUGAAGUAAUUGGUACGUCCUUAGUAGCAAAAACGGUGAACACAAAGGUUUGUCAUGAAAUUCAAUUCUUUAAAAUGUAUGUAUAUAUAUUUAUAUAUUUAUAUACGAAUUUUCAAAUUUAAACCUAAUAUUUUCGACAAGAAAGAGAGAGAGAGAGAGAUCGUGUAUGGUUGUGUGUGUAUGUGUUUGCUAGUUGCAUACUUGUAGUUAAUUUAUAUCCCAAAAACUACGAUAAGUAAUUAAUUGCUAAUACAUCUUUUCCAUUUAAGUUAUUUAUGCGUAAAUAUACGAUGUGAAGUUUAAAUUGCUACUCCAAGAAUUACGAAAGAACAAUAAUAAUUGUCACUCAGGAGACAGUGUGCAAACUAUCUCCAAAUCAAACCACCGGGCAAGUAUUUUUGCAUUAGAAGUAAACCAGUUCGAUAUUAAUGCCAAUAAGAGAAAUAAUAUAUUUUGAAACCGCAAGAAUCUUUCAAAUAUUGGCGGACGACACUGUCUUCAAGAUCUGAUUUAACGUCAAAAUUCUCUGGUAUAAUUUACUACAGCUAUUACGGAGGCCACUCACGAAAAGUUCUGCUACCACUAAAACUUACUUAGUCAAGACAAUGCGCAUCGAGAUAAUCUAUAAACUGGCACCCAUUGUUAUUUAAAAUUAGGGUAAUGAUAUUUCAUCCUUUUUAAAUUAUUCUAAUUAUAAUCAUUCAUACAUUUAUUAUCCAAACUGGUAGCCAUUUCAUUUCAAUUCAAAGCAGUCUUGUGAUAUAUGAGAAUAAUCACAUAUUAUUGUGAUAAAUUCAAGUCAUAAAAUAUUCCACGCCUAAUUUGCUGCUUAUUUGCUUUAGAACAGCAUUUAUUGAACGUUGCAAAGUUUUUUCAUACUCCUAGUAGUAUUUAUUCUUGCUUACUUCGUUGCGUGUACCAAGAUCCUCAAAUAGCGCAAAAAUUGUUAUUCCUUCCGUUUUAUUCUGACGGGUUUUGAAUAAUUUAAUCACUCAACGCUGAUUAAGGUCCAUAUUAACCCAAUAAUAUUGUUAUACCAAAUUUCUUUAAUACUGAGGCAGAUACUAGUAUUCGACGAAAUGAUAUAUUUAUUUACGCGAUAAUAAUGAAUAAUCUAAAGUUCCCUUGUUAGUAAAGACACUUUCGAUUUAGUAAUCGGGACUUUCUGUAAAAGUUCUAUAAACUCUGUGUGGAAUAACGGCGAUUAUAGAGGUGGCGCAUACUACAUUUUUUAAUACAGAUGAAACUGUACGUAGUAACAAUUCAACAUGAGAAGGUUUUUGUCCGGGAGUUCAGAAUAAAUAAUAAUUACGCGAAUGAAUAUAGCUGGUAAGGAAUGACGGUUUCAUUACGCAAAUGCAUUAAAAAUACGAAUGACUUUCAAGCUUAUUAAUUAUUUUUUAAGAGACCUUCCGCCAUUAAGUUAGCAUCAUCCCAUAUAUUCGAACUUAUUAUUGUCUGGAUUGUUCGGUUCAUUACGUAACACGUAGCUUGUCAUAACAACAAUACUUUAAGUAUUUAUUACACUGGGUAUUCAAUAUUGAAUGACAUUCUAGAAUAUGGACACUAUCACUUGAUUACAAGAAUAGUUUUUCCCCUUUUUUGUAUCUCUCAGAUAAUAUGUAAGUCACAGUGUUCGCCGCUUUACACCAAGUGAACGAUGUCUUUAAAAAAAUCUACAUAAAAUAAUGAUGAGAUUUUGAAAUUCAGAACCAUAUAUUAUGGCUUUGUUAUGUAUAAUAUGAGUUGGAAUAGGCUGUGAAUUAAGAAUUAUGUAUCGAUGUAAUUUCCUCAAUCGGACAAAAGCUAAGCGUUCGUUCAAGGAAAUACAAAUUGUAAUUAUGUUUCAAUCUAGUUUAGGCGAAAUUUUUUAAAAAGGGCCUUCGAUAUUUGAAUAAAUUUCCAACUGCGCGUUGUUAAUAUUCGAAAAUGGUUAUAUUAGCAUUUGUACUAAGCAUUUUCUGUUCAUAAUCUGCAUGGUAAUAUAUUUUUGCACGUUUAUCUUGUUGACUUGUGAUCAGAAAUUCGCUGGUCCCUUAAAAAGAAUUCUUUAAAAGACUUUCUGGUUAACAAGAAAUUCAAUGCCUUUUGCUGCUGCAAUUUCUAUUCCCCAAUUAUACAGUUUGUAGAAUAAUAAUAGCGGAUAGCUCGACAUGAGUCGUUAAAAAAUAAGUUUGACAUUGGGCAAAUGUGAUUGUACAUUAUCUAUGUCAAGUAUGACAAUAUUUAACUAGCUCACGAGUUUAUAAAUUAUUUAAAUAGCGAAUGCUAUAAGAAAAAUGAAAGAGUUGUCAGCAGUUGAUAUAGCAAUGUAAAUGAUACAAUGAUUUUCUCAAACUGUACUGUACUAUAUUAUGCCAAACAAAAGACACUAUAAUUGUAUUUUCUUGAACCAGUGUAUGUUUAUUUGCAGCUUAAUUAAUAAUAUCUAUAGUGAUCUUGUAAAGGCUCCUACAUAUGUAGCUAGUUUUAAAAAAUAUUCUGAUCGCAUUGACAUCUACACUGACACCUAAUCAGUCGAUGAGCAAUAUCAUACUGGUUUUAAAACUGACACAUAACUAAUGAAUUUGAGCAAAAAUAAGCCCGAUUAUUAUUAUUGUUAUCGAUUAAGAAUAAAUGUUGCUACUUGAUUUUACUACUAGCAUAACUGUUCAAAGCUGCAAAAUAAAUAGUGAAUAAAAGACCACAAUGAUAAUACCUAUGCACUACACUCCGAACAUUUUGCUAAUGCCGAGCCGAUCCGGUUCAUUAUUAUAUUACUUAGAAAUAAACGAUAUCAUCAACUAUGUAA